CUCAGAGCUGCUAAAGUUCUCUUCAAGUUUCUUCUUAAGUUCUUUAGAAGAGACAUGGCACAAACUGGACUUAUGAUUUUUAUACUUAUAAGCAUACUACUGCUGGAUCAGACCAUCAGCCAGGCUUCCAAAUUCAAAGCCAGGAAGCACAGCAAACGUAGAGUGAAAGAAAAAGAUGACCUAAAGACGCAGAUUGACAAAUUGUGGCGAGAAGUAAAUGCUCUGAAAGAAAUGCAAGCACUUCAGACAGUCUGUCUUCGUGGGACAAAGGCCCAUAAGAAGUGCUACCUCGUAUCAGAAGGCACCAAACCUUUUCAUGAAGCCAACGAAGACUGCAUAGCCAAGGGGGGGACACUGGCUAUCCCAAGGAAUAACGAUGAAACAAACGCUCUUCGAGAUUAUGGCAAAAAAAGCAUGCCUAGAGCAUCUGAGUUUUGGUUGGGUGUCAAUGACAUGAUAAAUGAAGGGAAAUUUGUUGAUGUCAAUGGCAUGGCUCUACAGUACUUCAAUUGGGAUCGUGCCCAACCAAACGGGGGGAAGCGUGAAAACUGUGUCUUUUUUUCUCAGUCAUCACAAGGCAAGUGGGUGGACGAAGUCUGCCGUACUGCCAAAAGGUAUAUUUGUGAAUUUCUGAUCCCAUAAUUACAUAUACAAAUGACCAUGACCAUGUUUUUUGUUAUUAACAUGCAGUUUUGCUUGUUAAUAACCCCUCCCA